UAAUACACUUGAUUUACGUUUGGGAAAAAAAACGUCGAGCCCCGAGAGGAGCGGAAAUGCACUACUUUGCGCGGCGCAACCUCUUCCGGUCCUCUUUCCAGCUUCCCGUGCAACAUGACCAAGAAGAGAAGGAAUAACGGUCGUGCCAAGAAGGGCCGCGGGCACGUGCAGCCCAUCCGCUGCACCAACUGCGCCCGCUGCGUUCCCAAAGACAAGGCCAUCAAGAAGUUUGUCAUCAGGAACAUCGUGGAGGCUGCGGCCGUGAGGGACAUCUCUGAGGCCAGCGUCUUCGACUCGUACGUCCUGCCCAAACUGUACGUGAAGCUGCACUACUGUGUCAGCUGCGCCAUCCACAGCAAAGUAGUGAGGAACCGCUCCUGUGAGGCCAGGAAAGAUCGCACGCCGCCACCCAGGUUCAGGCCCAAUGCCGGUGCCCCAAGAGCUCCUCCGAAGCCCAUGUAAAUCACAUGAUCUACACUUGAGGAAUAAAUGCUUCACAAAAUCUUAA